AUGAUCAAGUCUAUAUUAAUUAUAAAUAAUCAUGGUAAACCAAGAUUAAUUAAAUUUUAUGAACAUUAUAGUGAAGAAAAACAACAACAAAUUAUUAGAGAAUUAUUUUUAUUAGUAUCAAAGAGAACAGAAAGAUCAUGUAAUUUUUUAGAAAUUGGUAAUAAUUCAAAUAUAUUUGAUAAAGAUACAAAAAUCAUUUAUCGUCAUUAUGCUACAUUAUUUUUUAUAUUUUGCGUUGAUUCAUCUGAAAGUGAAUUAUCAAUAAUUGAUUUAAUCCAAACUUUUGUUGAAUCUUUAGAUAAAUGUUUUGAAAAUGUUUGUGAAUUAGAUCUCAUUUUUCACAUUGAUAAAGUACACUAUAUUUUAGAUGAAAUGGUAAUGGGUGGUUUGGUAUUAGAGACCAAUCCAACUAUUAUAUUUUCAAAUUAUGAAAUUCAAAAUAAAUUAGAAAAAGCUGAAAAUCCUUUACUCUCUGGUUUAGCUGGUGUAAUGCAAACUAUUAAACCAAAUAAAUAA